AUGGUGUUGUGGUUUCUGGCUGUUCGCUAUGGCCGGGGGGCCCAGCGAAGCUGCUGUCCCCCACUGUCCCUGGCUGCUCAGGUGGCUGAGAGCAGGGAACUGGACAUCCCCCUGCUGCUGCUGAAGUUAAAGGGAGUUUUAAGUAGUCCUUCCCUGGGAUGUGAGGAAUCAAAAAGAAUUAAGCGAGACAUAUAUGAUUAUGGGCUCGCUCAGUACUGCUUGCUGGUCCUCAGGCAAGACCACUCUCGGCUGCGUGGAGGUUGGGCUACUGCUGCCCAGCUAGCACAGAUACUAAGUCAUUGUUGUGUGGGGCUAGAGGUGAAAGAAGAUCCUGAGGAAUUUUACAAGAAAUUUCUUCCUUCAGCUGUAGACAACCUGCUGGUUUUGGGAAAACGCUUGCAAGCGCGAUUUAUCCGAGCCAUCAAGGAUAAAGAAAAACAAGAUUUUUUACGCUGGUUCCAAACAGUAACUGAUGCCAUCUGCUGGCUGUUCGGGGGGCACCUUCAACUAGCAGCGUGUGUACUGCAAAAUGAUCUCUUCCUGCGGUUGUUAAUAACAGAUGAUGUUGAAACAGCAAUUAUAAUGAUGUCAGUUUUGCACAACAUUUUGAGGAUCAAUAGUUCUGUCUUGCUUCAAGUUGAUAAGAAGACCCUUCACUCUGUUUUGGAUGAACUUGUUUAUAAGCUUUCAUCUACCACCAAUCCUGCUGUAGGAAGUGCUGCCACAAAGCUGCUGGUGGUGGUGGCCAGAUUUAGCACACAGCUUGCGGAGUUACUCACAGCUCACUACAAAGGAUUAAAAGAGCUUUUAAGUAAACAGUGGACUGGCAAAGGAUUUGAUAGGGAGCUGAAUCAGCUCCUGGACCUGCUGUAUUUGGAACAAUCCAGUGGACAAGAAGUGCAGAAGCAGCAUCAAGCAGCUUGUAUAAUCCAGGCUGCAUGGAAGGGAUUUCAGACAAGGAAGAGGCUGAAAAAGCUACCCCGAGCAGUGAUCACUUUGCAGAGAAGCUUCAGAGCUAAACGCGAGCAGGAGCUGCAGCAUUUAACAAAGCAGAAGGAAGAUGAGGCUCUAAAACUGCAAAUGCAACUUCAGAGACAGAGGGCCAUGAGACUCUUCCAUGAACGACAGCUGGCUGUACUGGAAACAAUCCAUGCCAGUCAGGUAAAUAAAUACAUGGAGGAAAUGGAGGAGAAAUCAGCAUUAACUAUCCAGAGAUUCUGGCGAGGGUAUAGAGCAAGAAGAAUUUUUCAUCAACAGAAACAAUCUCUUAAGGAGUACAAAGCUGCUGUCAUCAUUCAGAGAGCAGCUUGUAAAUUCUUGGAAAAACGAAGAAGGAGGAGACCUCUCUGUCUUUGGAAAGAACCCAAGGGACUGACUGAUGAGCAGAGACUAGCUUUGCAGCAGAAGGUGGAUGACUACAUCAAAUUGCAUCCGGCUUCCCAAAUGUCAGAAGAAAUGAGUAAAGAAUUGCAUAUGCAGGCUCAGGAAAAGCUGGCACAGUUCCUGUUGAGGAGCAGGCUGGAUCAGAGAGCAGCACAGAGGAGAGAGACAUUACUGGCUCAGGUCAACACCGAUGUGGAGCUGCUAAUGAAUGCUCCAGGGUUAGCAGAGACCACAGAAAAAGAUCUUGGUGUCUUUAGGAGUCGAUCAAUCCCUGUAGCUACCAAGGCAAGACAAUCUCACAACACUAUGCUGAAACACACUCGCUGGCCAUGGUGGAAGAAACUUGGAGAUGAGUUCGUGGAGGAUGAUGUAAUUCCUGAUGAUGCCAUAAGUGCAGACCUGGAAGCUCUCUUUACUGGGGGAAGGAAAUCUUUUUAG